CGGUGUGUGCAUCCUGACUGUGAAUGGUAGCACAAUGUGGGCAUGAGAUUACCUCAAACCCACUCUCUUGGUUUCAGUCUUUCAGUCCGUCCCAGGCGACAAUGGUUGGCCGAGGAUUUCAAUUUCUAGACUCAAAAUGUUCUUCCGAUGCGAGCCAUUCAUAUUUCUUCAUCCUCAGUCUGAUCGUUGUUUACUACACUACACAAGCUUCAAGUUCAGUGAAUUGCAAGUCACAGAACAUUUCUUCCAAAUAUCAGCACUGUGGGAUUCACCCGGAUGGAGUCCAUGAUUUAGAUUGUUUUGGUAAAUAUAAUUCAAUUAAAAACAAAUGUGUGUGGAAACCUGGAAACAGUGCGUCGGAAAAGAUAUACACACUCAUCAUACAACAACAGGACAAAAAAUAUUGCCAAGCAUACAACAUCACAGGAAUCUCUACACAGAUCACAUUAUAUUCAAAUUACAACAUGAGCGCUGAGGUUUUUGAAAACAGCGAGUCAACAAAUUGCACAAAAGCAGUUUUCAGAGGCUCACCAAAGAACUUUUUGCGAUGUGGUCCUCCAUAUAAGGUGUCCUUCAGUCGCCACUCUGGAAGGCUAGUUGUGAAUGUGAGCUGGCAAAAGGAGGACACAAAGGCCAUUAAAUAUUACUUUGUGAGAUAUAAAGCACUGGGCAGCCUGUCAUGGAGCAAGUCACCUGUGAAAUCACAAAAUGGAGAGAUUUGUACAGUGGAGAAUCUAAACUCCUCACUGGUCUACACUGCACAGAUAAAGUGCGACACUAAUGAGAAAUGCUCACAGUGUGCAUGGAGCGAAGCCUACACCGUCCCAUCAGAACUAACUACACAGCCUGUCAUAGUCAACCUCACAGAAAUUGUAAUGAGUAAAGACCAACGGCUGCUUUAUUUAACCUGGAAGUUUCCCGCCAAAGAGCUGUAUGAUGGCUACUAUGUGACCAUUGGGAAGGCAUCAGGAGAGGCAUAUGAGUUGAUGAACACCACUCAGCCUGAGAUCACACUGAUUCUCUCCUAUUCAGCUUAUCAUCUCAACAUCAGUGCUGUCAAUAACGCUAGCACCUCCCCAGCUGUAAGCCGGGCAAUACCACAGCGAGAAGACAUGCCCAGUAUGGGAGCUGGGAAGCUGAACAUGACAGUACACAGCAGUACAUCUUUUACCAUAUACUGGAAAGACAAUCUCAUCAAAGAGUGUGUCUGCUAUUCUGUGGAGUACAUGAAGAAGGGGCAUAAAGCAGCGUACAUGUCAUUUUAUCAGAAUAAAAAAAACUAUCGGAACUUAUCUCCUUUACCAGAGCCUUUGGAGCCAUAUAAGAGAUACAACAUCACUCUACAUACACGGCCGAACAAGGACACCUGCAACAUGAAGAAUGUAAACAACAGUGAGAGCACCUAUGGGAGUACACAGUUCUAUUUCAUUGAAGGAUCUCCUGUCAGUGCUCCCACAAACUUCAGCAGCUACACUGUGACGCUGAAUUCAGUGGUGCUGCAGUGGUCGUCCAUCCCCGAGGAAGACAUCAGAGGUUUCCUACUGGGUUACAUAAUCUACUACACUGAGUACAACCCCAGAGGGACAAGUACAGAGAGAAAUAUUACAGUGGAUCCAACGUUAAACAGCUAUGAAUUGGGGGAUCUCAAAAGUGGCACAGCAUACAAAGUCCAGAUAUCAGGUUUCACCCAAGCAGGAGCAGGAGUACGAAACACAGAAAGCAUCUUUAAAACUAAAUCUGAAGGGUUUUCUAACUUCAGUGGUGUCAUCACAGUCUUUGCAGUCGUGGCCACUGUGCUGAUAUUUGGAUCACUGAUAAUAAAAAGAGCAAAAGUCAUUCUGUGGCCAAGCAUACCUAACCCUGGAAACAGCAAUGCAUUGCAGAAGAUAAUAGGACCCUGUGAACUGGAACUAUUAGAGUCCAUCAACGCGCUGAAGGCGGAAGAAUGGGAUACAUACAGCCUUCAAAUAGUUGAGAAAGAAGAUGUGAUCCCUGCUAGCACAUUAGCGCUUUAUCGCGCCUUCGAGGAAGAGGAAGACUCACCAGAGAGUUCUUGUAACUGGAUGCAAAGAGACACUGAAGAUGCAAGUGAAGGCAUCCCACCUGUCAUUACUGCAGAGACAUUCCCGGACAUCCACCGGACGGACCCCCAGAGUUCUCCUUUUGCCUUUUCAAGUGGAUAUACAACAAUGGAACUGUUUCAGCAGGGGAUUCCUCAGGGCAUGUCAGCAAAUACAUCAGUUACCCAAGCCACGGAAAGCAAGUCCGAGGACACGGACUUGAUCGUGGUAAAAUUUAGUACCAGUCCGGUCUUGAACAGCGAGAAUAUUUUCACAAUUUUGUGAAAACAGUUUGAAACAGGACUGCAGAGCAUGCAGAGCAAGGAACAAAGGAUCAUAAGAACCUUUGUCCAUGAAUGUUUAAAUCAAAAGCAAUACUACAAGCACAGUAUUUAGUUCUAUGAGCUGUCAAAAUGGCUCUUUACUUGAGUCACCAAGGUUAAAAAGUACAUUUCUAAAGACAGAAGUUAAGUUCCUAAGAAAGUUUGUCUCUCUUUCUACCUCUCUACUGUACCUACCUGUAAAUCCACAUUACUUGAACAAUUUCUUCUGUCCAUGUACAUCAACAUCUCUGCUCGUGUGAACAUUACUUGCAAUACAUCCCUGAACAUAACUAUCUUAAUUUUAAUCUGUAAAUCUGAGUACCUCAUGAUUAAUCAAUGCCAAUGCCUACAUGUCUUUAUGUGCUGCUCUGGUCCAUCCUACUUCCCUCUGUCAUAGCUGAUCAUAUUUGUGGAAUCAAAAGAAAGUUAUAUCCUGUGUGUGAUUUUUUUUGUUGUUGUAUCUGUAUCGGAAAGUUUGACAGCACAGUGUGGCAAGAAACGUGAAGUGAUUGAGAAACUGGUGAGAUAAACAAAUAAAAAAGGCUCAGAGAGGUUCCUGACACAUACUGUUAACAUCAGUUAUUUGGUAUGCAUAGUCAGCUGUAUGCUGUUAGUAGAAUUUAAACCCAAUAAGGGAGAUGUGUAGGAUAAGAUCAAACACUGUUCCCUUUUGUUGAGAAUAGCAUAUUUUUGAAGUGGUAGCUCCAACCUUGUGGAAUGCUCUUCCUGUUAACCUACGUUCUGCAAUCUCGGUUGACGCUUUUAGAAAGCAUUUGAAAACAACUGGCUUUUGUCUCGUGUUUGUAAUUUUGGGUUUUUUGAAUCCUCACUCAAACUGCAUUUGUUGUUGCUUGUUUAUUUUCUGUUUUGGAUUUUAAUGUUUUUUAAUCAAAUGUCUUUUGUGUGAAGCACUUUGUGACUCUGUCUGUGAAAGGUGCUAUAUCAAAUAAAUUACUUACUUACAUUUACAGUACAGUUCCACUCAGAAAUAGUGUACAAUAAAUGGAUUUGGCUGGUA